CACUAUGGCGCCAUUGGCUUCAACAGUGGUCACGUGCCUAUCAUUCUCUUUACACACACAGCGCUAGGAGGACACCCGCGGAAAAGGAACUCUCCCAGCCAAGGAUUUAUCCGUUUAAACAACCACAACUUUAUUGAAACGCCGGCGAACAACAACAACACAGGCAAUUUCGGACCGAUCAAUAUUAUGACACUACUUUGUUGAUGUGCGUGUGUCCCCGUUGCCUUCCCGUGUGUGGCGGGAAUAAUUUGAUUCAUAGUUUCUCUAGUCGUAUUUCUUCAGCUCGACGUCCUGUCGUGAGGGCUCGACUAGCGUGAGAGCAGUUACUUAUUUCUGGAGCAUACCAGUGAUGUAACAGACGUUAAUAUGGAUGAUGAUGUUAAAGAAAUGGUUUGGGAGAGUGAAAAUAACUCUACAUUUAAAGCACAUUAUAAAGAGACUGCACACAAUUCCUCUUAUGCCUUCAACUUUCAGUUUCCUGCAUUGCAAUAUAAGCAUUUUGAGAUAUCGGGAAUGAAUUCUAUUCAUAAACCAAAUUUUGUCUCAGAAAAAUAUGAGAGAGCUAUACCACCAGGAGACAAAAUGAUACCACAGCAAUCCUCUGAAUUAACGAAAGGAAAGCAAAAUGGGAAUGGGUACGCUGUGCUUCCUGCUAAAGGAGUGUCAUCUCAGAAACCAAGAGUACCUAGGUCUGCCCACAUGGAAGCACGAAAACUGAGUGGAGCUUUAAAUGCUGCUUCGGGAAAACCAAAUCAUACUCUUGCAUCAGCUUAUGAAAAAUCCUUUCCAUUUAAGAACAUUUCAUGUUCAGCUUCAUUGAUUGGACCUUGUCGUCGAAGCCCUAAAAAAACACAGAGGCGCUUUGUCAGUACAGUUGAAGAAACAGUACGCGAGGAAGAAAAGGAAAUAUACAGGCAGCUACUUCAGGUUGUGACGGGAAAAACCUUUUUAUCCACCAAGUCUACAUCCAUUCUGCCUCCACAGGUGUCUAGAUGUUUAAGUUCAGAUAACAGUAUAUCUGGACAACCUGUUGCUUCAAGUUUGAGUUCUCUAGAGCCCAGUAGUUUGGAUACAGAAUCUUCAUGUCGAACAUCAUUUAGCUAUUUGCAGCCAUCAGGUCAAAUUUCAGAAGCAAUUCUAAGCAACUCAACAAAUUUCAAAGUAAUUUCUGACACGCAAGGAGCAAGUAACCAGCAGCUUCCUAAAGAAAAGCAUGCUCCUAGCUCACAGCAGUCUCAAGGUUUAGAUUCGCCCAUUGUAUUGGAUUCGCCUGUUGUCAAACCUCGAGAACCCGCUAGUCAACCUUUCUUCCAUGCAGAGCUUUGGAUUAAGGAACUCACCAGUUUGUUUGAUUCAAGAUCACGAGAAAGAAGGCGUCAAAUUGAAGAACAGGAAGCACUUGCCUUACAACUUCAAAAACAGAGGCUUCAAGAAUGUUCAGUGCAAGACUCCAUAGAUUUGCACCUUCGUGUACCUCUUGAAAAAGAAAUACCUGUUACAUUAAUUCCGAAGCAAGAGGAGUCCCCCAAACCUGAAGAGAUUGAAUUCCCUGAAAUUACAGAGGUUAUGGAAAGAGAGAUUAAACGUGCUCUAUUUGGUGGGAGCCAAGAUCAGUCUUUAAGUGAAGGGUACCGACUAACAAUUACGCGAAAAGACAUUAUGACUCUUCAUAGUUUAAACUGGCUAAAUGAUGAGAUAAUAAACUUCUAUAUGAAUCUUCUAAUGGAACGAAGCAAACGGAAAGGCUUACCAACAGUUCAUGCUUUCAAUACAUUUUUUUUUACCAAGUUGAAAUCUGCUGGAUAUCAAGCAGUGAAAAGAUGGACAAAAAAGGUGGACAUAUUUUCAAUGAAUAUUUUAUUGGUACCAAUUCAUCUUGGAGUACACUGGUGUUUAGCAGUUGUAGACUUAAGAAAAAAGUCCAUCACCUACUUUGAUUCAAUGGGUGGAUUAAACAAUGAUGCGUGCAGAAUAUUGCUACAAUACCUGAAACAGGAAAGCGUUGACAAAAAAGGAGCAUGUUUUGACUCAAAUGGUUGGACCCUAACCUGCAAGACGAGCGAGGAAAUCCCACAACAAAUGAAUGGCAGUGAUUGUGGAAUGUUUGCCUGCAAGUAUGCAGAUUAUAUCACCAAAGAUAAGUCCAUCACCUUUACACAGCAUCAUAUGCCCUAUUUCAGAAAGAGAAUGGUUUGGGAGAUCCUUCAUCAAAAAUUGCUUUGACAUUACUAUGGAGGGACUUUGGAAGCUUAGCCAUUUUACUGGUUGCGGCAAGUUUCUCAGACCAGAACACGGACCAAGAAUUAUUUGAUUUCUCUCUACGCACAGGUUUACAGCUAUCAAAAAAAUAAUGCUUGUACUGUUAUGAAUUACUACUCUUCUUAUUUUUUAACAUAUUUGCCAAAUUUUUUUUAGUAUAAUUUUUUUUUUCUUUACAAUAAAAGAAAAAAGACCUGUAAAUCUUCAGAGAAAACUAUUUUAUUUAUAUGUCUGACAGGGCUUAGAAGCGAAGAACACUGAGUUCAUUUUUAUAUAAACUGUUUGGCAUUUGAUAAUUGUUUGUUUUGUUCAGAGGCAAGCCUUCUGGCUUUAUAUUAUAUCCAAGGCUUUCCUUUGAACUAGAUGUUGGUGUUUGUGUACCAUUUGCAGCACUGUUUGCUCUGUUCAUGAGCUGUCAUUUUGUACUUUGUAAAACGAAAAAACGAAAAAAACUUUAUAUUUACAAGAAUGUCAACGUUUUUUAGACCUAUUAUACUCACCUGUGACACCACAAAUAGCUUGUUGAUUUCUAUGUUUUGUACAGGCAAUAACUAUUAUUUCUGGGAUUUUGUGUGUACUUUGCUUUAUUCUUUUACAGAUUUAUCUUGAAACUGAUUUAUGCGUACUAAAAGUAUAAGCUGGGUUACAUUUGCAGACUUUUUUUCCCUGUAAUUCAGCAGUUCAUCUUCAGGCUACCUCAACUGGUUUCUAAAAAUGUAACAAAAUAGGGUAAUCUCUACAGAGGUGAAUGUAUUGCGGUGCCUCUCGAGAGUCCCCGAUAGUAAGUGGAUGCACAGUAAGGCAGUUUUUUGACCAGAAGCUCUAUGUUUUGGGCUAUAGUUCUAGAUGGCUAAUUACUAGUUUGGCAGUCCUGCAAAGGCCUAUUUCUGUCAAGUGCCUAAUUACAGGGGCAGUUAACAUGGAGGCACAUUUACGUUUUCUAAAAAACACUUGUAUCGGGAUCUUUACCUUUUUGAUAGGAUAAUUAGUGAUGUCACUGAAACCUCACUCACAUCAGCUCUGUUAUUAUUGGUUAAGGGGUGGACGUCUUAAUAUGUUUGCGUAGCAGAGUAAGUUGUGUAACGUACACUUAAAAAUAAUUUGUAGAGCACUUGGUAAAAAUGUAAAACUGCUUCCAAUUCAUUGAAACAAUUAAAUAAAAAGCCAAACCAAACUGAUUCUGUAUCUUGGAGUCAAGAGUCCCAGCACCCAGGAAAUUUCUUUAGAAGUAUAGCGAGUGUGUCCUAUCCCCCAAAUCCUAAGAUAUCUUUAGAAGCAGCAUGGCCCGACAAAAGAAAAAUGCUUUUUUGGUGGAGCAAAUUCAUUAUAAGGAUGAGUACAUUGAUUCGAAAGAUGGUUGUAUUUAGUAACUUGGACUAAUAGAUCAGGGAAUGGGAAACCCUCAAAAUUUAUCUUGGAUUUUUCUUAUUGUAUGGUUUGUCUUUUUUUUUUUUUUUUUCCUAUAAAUAUUUUCUUAGAGUGAUGACUGUGGUUGAAACAUAAAGAUUUUAUUUUAUAUCUUUCAUGUGUUUAUAUGGACGUUUAUAUUUAAAUAAACCAGUGAAUAACA